AGCAGACUGUACUUACACUUUGAACUACUGUAGUCUUUCGUUUAGUUUGUUCUCUGAUGAUGUCCACUUCACCUCUCACUUCACGAGAAAGCAAGAAUUAUUGUGACCUGGACAUCCGUAAUCAAGUCCAUCAGACAUGAAGAGUGCUGUUCACCAGAUUUUCAUAACCAAUGACUCAAACAUCCCGUAUGUCCUGCGGGUGGACUGGUCAGGUGACCUUGGUGCUGGCUUUGCACUUGUUUUGACCAAUGGUUGUGGAGCCUGGAUUGGAGAAGUUUCAGAAGAAGAGGUCACAAAAUGUGCCAGUGACACUGGAAUGUCCAGAGAAAGAUAUGUGGAAGAACUGCAUCAAGCCUUAAUCCGAGAUAACAAAGAAAGAGGACUCGAAAAGAAGUAUUCAUUCCAACUCUCUUCAGAUCAGCUAACCUAUCAGAAGAUGUCAGACAAUGUCUUGGUAACGUUGGGCUCUGUGGAGCUUCAGGCAGCACCAGACCCUCUGGAGCUAAACCGGGAGAUGAUUGGCCAAUCUCUUAAACACAGCUUAGAUCUAGAGGCAACAAACUCUAAGCUUUUGGAGGAGAAUUGUAAACUCAAGCAUGAACACAACCAAAUACUUAAGGAGCUGAACAUUCAUGUCAAAAAUAAGAAUGCUUUGGAGAAGCAAAUGUAUUCUCGCUUUGUGAUGAUUCUCAAUGACAAAAAGGCCAAGAUCAGGGAGCUGCAGGACGCUGUCCGCGAGCAGCAACAGACUAGUGACCAGCCCAAAGCCAAAGUGAGGAGGCAAAGGGCUGCAUCUGAUGAUAAUGAUGAUGAUGAUGAUGAUGAUAACAGCAGCUUGGAUACAACCCACUUUCAAGAUCCAACUAUUGUCAUCACAGGUCGAAAUCUGGAAUGCCAUGGCAUCCCGGUUGACCAGAGUUUUUCAUCUGCAGCAAGUCUUCAAACAGAUCUACAGUCUUGAGAACAAAUGCCAUGAUGAGGAACAUGGAGCAUGGGAAGGUGGAUUCAGUGCUCAGAAUUACUGAGUGAACCUCACAAGAUCUUCUGCUCUGCUGCCAUAAGAAUGAUCUUGAAUGAUAUCACGAGCUCAAAGACAUCGUGGUGACUUAAGCAGCUUUCUGGUAACUAAUAUCCAUGAAGCAAAGCAUCCAAAAAUCAAGUAUAAAACACAAGAUUCAGGCAAAUGUUUUAAUAACUUGACAGUUUUAACGUUUCAGAAACAGAUUUUAAAUAAAAUUAUAGGUCUUGUGCUCAUUAGUCACCACCUAGCUGAUUAUGUCCGAGUAAGCUUUCAGACUUUUACAUUUUUUUCAGAAUGUGUAUGGGAAAAAUGAAUUAGAAAUUUACUUCCAGAACGAGGUGCCAAGUGGUCACUGUUGAGCUCCACUGCUUGAACUGUGGUGUGUUGUAUUGCUUACAGUCCCAUUAACCUGCUCUCCUAGUUUUCCUGUUUUCUGUUUAAUUAAUCCAGUUUGACUUUAUGUUGUAUGGAAGUAAGACAGCAUGCAGGCGUGACCAACUGGGAGGGAUCUUGGUUCAUUGACGCACUUAAUUUUUUAUGUAAAAUGCACAAUGAAGGAACUGACAAUUUCUCAUACAGCCACCAAUACAUUUUUAUGGCAGCUCUAAUUUAAUUUAUGUGCUAGAGAAUAAAAAGAAAAUCUUGUUUGUGAAAACAUAACUGAUUACUUCAUAUAAAAGCAGUUUCUCACCA